CACUUCUGUUAUGUCAUUCAGACCCGGCGAAUACUACAACUCUACCUACAGCAACCACUCCAUCAGUACUUCUACCAUGAACGACCACACAAAAAGAUCACUUCCAUCUACUACUACCACGACUAACAUCACUUUGGCUGAUGCUUACUUGUUACUGGAUCUGCCUUAUACUGUCAAGCCUUCUGCUCCAUUGCCUAUUCCUGCCUCUGGCUCAGCCAUCACUACUCUAGCUGCCACUUACACUACUGCUGCAUCUGCUCCUACCUUCAUUGUCACUACUACUUCAAGCACACCUAUCGAUUAUGCCAAUGGUCGCAAUAGCUACGUCGAUGGCACUGCUCUUGGUACCACCACUGCUCCCAUUUCACAUGGUCUUUCUCUUGCAUACUCUCUUCCAGGAGCUUCUACUUGCUCAACAAGCUCCAUGGGAGCUUCUCUUCAGCCACAACUUUACUACGGUACUAGUGCUCCCACAGACGAUGAAGAGUUGAUGUUGGCUGCUCAGGUCUUGGUUCGCACUCAGGCUCUGCGAGUCCCUGCUAAUACAAACAGACACAAUAAUGAAAGCUACAGUAGUAGUUUGACCAGCAGCACCGCCAGUCUAGGCAGUAGUUACGGAAACAACUUUAGUAAAGGUCUUAAUCUCAACUCGUCUAUGCCAGGGUACAAUGCUCCCAUCAAAGCUGAACAGCAACAAGAGCACCUUAGCAGAUUCAGUUAUCACUACACCAACAAUCACAAUCAUCUGUCAUCUUACUAUGGCUCAUCUACUGGUGGGUAUAAUCAACAGAGCUAUCAUCAGAGUCAUGGACCUAUGUCCUCCAGUUUACCAACUACUUCUGUCCCUUCGUUGCACUGGCGAAAGGAAAGUUUCUCUUCGUCCACCACUACUCAACCACCCACAUCAUUUGUUUGGCCGUCUAGUUCUGAUGCUGACGCUACUGGAUCCAAGACUGCCCAUACUUUUGCCACGCCCAGCCCAACAGGCCCAAUUAGUAUGGGCCGUAGCAAAAGCAAUACUAGCAACACCGCAAAAUCCAGAGGGUUUGCUUCCAAAAAUAAGGGAAAGCCAAAAUUUGCCACUGCCAAAUCUGGUAUCAAAGGAGGUAAAGGAAGCAAUUCCAUGCUUAUUGAUAGUCCACAGGCUGAAGGAUCUAGUCAUUCUUUUGGGAAUUCGUCUUCACCAAUCAUGGCUAGCUCAACGGCAUCCAUAUCUGUUACUGCCGCUAAAGGACAAACUGCCCGCAGAAAACAACGCAACCCAUACGAUCGAGAUUUAUCCAUGGGCGAUGGCAAACCUCCUCCAUCUCACGCUGUAGCCUCGGCAUCCCAAAAGUUUAAUCCCGGCGCGCCAUUUGAUGUCGAUUCUUUGGCUGAGGGUCAUGAAGUAAACAGCGCUACUCCUGUCGCCGUCAAAUCCACUCUUUCCUCGUUGCUCAAAAUGUCUGCACAGUCACAUACAAAAUCCGACCAGCUUUCUCUAGGUCCCGACACAGCUGGCUAUGCCCUGAAUAAUGGAUCUCCGUAUUUGGCUGAUGGAAUGGACACUGAUCAAUCCAUGGUUUUGGAUACUUCUAUAUCGACUCAAGCAUCUACUAUCAAACAAGCACCUGCAAUCUCUACUGCUAAAUCCAAAUCAAAACCUGUUAAUGCAAGCUCACAAAAUCGUGUUUGUAAUUAUUGCCAGGCUACAACAACUCCAAUGUGGCGACACGGCCCUCCUGGCUAUCCUGAUCUGUGCAACAAAUGCGGUGUCAAAUGGAUGCGCCGCCGUAUUUUACAAGACGACGUGAUCAUGUCAUAA